AUGUCCUUAUCGCCAACUGCUCGACCUACGAACCGUCAUGUCUCUGACAUUAUACAUCUACACCCCAGCAAGGAACCCUGGUGUGCUGGCUAUGCUAUCUCACAAGGACGCAGGUGCUGUCGGCCUAUCAUCGCUUCUGAUUGUGCUGCCGCCUGCAGUCUACUUGACGAGGCCAUUGACAAGCUCCAUGCCGGGUGCUCCAUAGAUCAAUUCUUUCAAAACUUGGCACCCCUCGUUCUGUGCAAAAGUAGUCAUCAGAAUCAAGCAUCCCAUCUAAUGGCCACCUGGGGUAGGCAGAUACGCAACUUUCACAUUAUUCAAACGGCUUGGCAGGAUCCGUUAGUCUUCGAACACGAGUAUCGGACAGGGCUAGCCCAGAUGAUUGCGCGGUCAGAUGAGGUUGUCACAGAUAUUCAUAAUUGUCUUGACCCAAGCCAUGUUGGCUCUCUGUGGACAAGGGUCAUGGCAGCUACAAGUGCUACUUCACAACUCAGGACGGAAAGAUAUUCAUCCACCUCAACUGAUACUAACUUACAGAGAUUUGAGCUCCCCACCAUGAGAUCUGAAGCUAGAAGCAGUGCACAUCCGGCCAGAGCUGGAACCACAGGCUCUUCAAGUUCGUCGGUCCUUCGUCGGUGCGUAGAAGGAAACUGUGUUAUUUGCCAACUGCUAUUAUGGGAGCCAGGCCACUCGACCGACGAAGAAGAGAUUAACUGUAACAGGGAUGAGAAGGAUAACAAGGAGGGCCAGAUAGAGCAUACACUAAUCCAUAGCAGGACCCUCCAGGAAUGUGACAAGUUGUUGGUCUGGUGCAAGAAGAGAUGUGGUACCAAUUUCCACAAGUCCUGCAUGGAUCGCUGGGUAGAGGCAUGUCAGAAAGACUCACAUCCAGUACAGUGCCCUAUAUGCCGAUCGCCGUGGAAAGCGUGA